UUAAUUCUUAGUCCUUUAACUUUCCUUCCGUAUGGAAAUGAACGAGGAAACCAAAACAUUGUAAAAGGGCGCAACUUCCUUCAAUCCAUGGUACUGCACCUCAACUAGUAUACAUACCUUCCAAGAUCCCACCGGAACGUCGAGUCACACAGAAAGAACGCUGUAUAAAAGAGAAAACCCCUCCUAUUCAAAAUCUACAACUUAUAUAUUUUUCGACAGACACUGAAACCACACCACGCACAACCUUCCACUCCACAAUCUCAACCGAUAACCAUGCCCGUAUCAACCAUCCCCCAUCCUUCUUCCUCCAACGCCUCGUCCCAACCCCAACCAGUCUACUUCUGGCGCCCGCAAGACGCCAAUGGUUACCUGGGCCAAUGGUACCGCGGCGCCUUCACGCAUGAAGGCGACACGUACGCAACGGCUGAAAUGUGGAUGAUGGUGCAAAAAGCCCGGCUCUUUGGCGACGAAGCAAUCGCGAAGAAAAUGCUCGCUACCACCAAUCCGAGGGAGCAUAAAGCGCUGGGCCGUAGUGUGAGGGGGUUCAGUGAGGGGGUGUGGGAUGAGCAUAAAUUGCGUAUUGUGACGGAGGGGAACUAUUACAAGUUUACUAAGAGCAGGGACGCGCAGCGGCUGCAGGGCUUGCUGCUUGCGACUGGGGAGCGGGAGCUGGUAGAGGCCAGUCCGUUGGAUCGCGUUUGGGGCGUGGGGUUUGGCGAGAGGGAUGCGGGUGUGAAUCGGGAACGGUGGGGGCAGAAUUUGUUAGGAAGGGCGUUGGAGGAGGUUAGGGAGCGGAUGAGGAGAGAG